CCGCCAUUUUGUAUUUCACAGCAAAACAAACUCUCGUAAUGUUUUCAUAAUUGCAGCGAAAAAUAUUCUUUAAAUGUAAAAAAAAACUAUCCUAAAUAAGUAGUCAAACCUUCAAGGAGUGUUUUAGGAUAUAUUCUGUUUCGUUUAGUGAAGAGAAAGUCAAGGAAUUUGAGUUUAAAAAUGCCGAGUUCACCUCGUAAACGGCCCUCAAAGACACGAGCCAAGCCUAAAAAAGUUAGGGAAGAAGAUAGCGAUACAGAUAGCAGUAUGCCUUCACUCGUGGACAGUUCAGAUUCAGACGACGAGACUAAAGGACCAAGACUACAUCAUCGUAAAGCCGUUUCAAACGCCGAGAGUGUUGAGAUGUGGUUGGAUUUGAGCAAAGCAUCUAGAGAAAGACACACCAGAGUGAUGAAAAUCUAUCUCCUAUCGCCAUUUCUGUUUGACGUUGUUGAACAGGAAGAUAAGUGGAUCAAUUGGGCCCAUGAAUGCAAUCUCCUGCCAACCAAAAAGAAUAUUGAUCCAUCACUGCAUAUCCAAGAAUGUAUGGAGGCUGUUGAUAUUAUUGAAGAUGCUUUCAACAAUGUGACUAAGUACUUGUUGGCAAAGGAAGACAGUGAUGAAACAGAAAAAGCACUAGGAAUGAUGGACAAAGUUAAUGCUCUGGACAAACUAGACAAUGCUAUUGUGUGUGCAGAAAGCUUCAAUAUAUUUUUAAAAAUCAGGGAGCAUAUCAAAACAGCCCAUUUAAAGAAAAAGGGGGAUAGUAAACGUAAAGGAGAUACCUCAUUACUACUGGCACUUCAACAAAUGUAUGACCACAUAAGAAAAUUAACAAGAGAUAACAAAGAUCUGACCAAACAGUUUGAAGAUACAUGUCGUCAGAAUGAGCAGCAAAGUAUAGAUAUGAAGAAAAAAGGGAAUACACAUUUUAUGGACGGCAAAUACAAGGCAGCUAUAUCAGCCUAUACCAAAGCUAUUCUAAUGUCGCAAUAUAGCUACAUAUUAUAUGGGAACAGAGCACAGAGUUACUUAAGAACUAAAGAAACAUGGCAAGCUCUGUUUGAUGGACGGCGAUCUGUUGUGCUAAAACCUGAUUGGGCAAAGGGUCAGUACAGAUAUGCACAAGCAUACUUUGAACUUGGGCUGAUCGAUGAGGCAAUAAGCACCAACCGAGAAGCAAAAAUAGUCUGCACCAGGGACAGUAAGGAUUUAGAUUUUCAGUAUGAAAAGUUCUUAAAAGAAAAAAACAAAGAAAUCCAAGCCAGAAAAACUGCAAAAGUGGAAAAACAUCAAACCAAAGCGAAUAUUAUAGAUGGCAUACCAGACCUUGUAGAUGCUGAUACCUCCGAUACUAGUGGAGAUAGUGAUGAUGAUAUUUAUGAUGAUGAUGAUGAUAUGAUGUCCAGUUCUGAUGAAACAGAUUCAGAUGGGGAGGACGUUCCAGAAUUAGUAACAGAUUCUUCAAGAGAAAGUGACUCUGACGAUGCCAUACCAAUAAGGAAAAAUCAAGAUAACCAGAUGAAGAAACAAUUGGCAGAGAAACCUCAGGUAAACCAAGUCAAUGGAGCAGUUCAACCAGAAAUGAAGAAACGAAAAAGAAAGGAAAGAGAUAAAAAAGAACCAGACCAAGCAAAAAGAAAAGAGGCACUAGAGGUAACAGAGGGCCCUCAGAAGAGAAGAGACCUUACCUUUGCACUCAAACAGGGAAGCAAGGCAUACUUGGAUGGUAAAGUGAAGGCAUCUGUACGUUACUAUGGAGAAGCCUUUGAAAUGCUCUCACUUGAAAAUGCAUUUGAGAUAUUCAAAAUUAAAAGUAUAGAUUACAUUCUAAUUUUAUAUGCCCACGGCACAGCUUGUCUGGAAACCGGCAUUUACAAGGAACUCCUUGAAGCUACAAAACAGUUUGAGACAAUCAUUGUCAAGUACAAGGAUAUCAAGUUCCCAUUGGCUUUCUAUGGACUUGGAAAGGUCUUUCGACGACAGAACAAGUUUAGUGAAGCUCUUCAACCACUCAACCAAGGAUUCAACAUGGUGAGAUGUGGAGAAGAGUAUGGUGAAUACAGAUGGCCAGGAACACAGACCAUUAUAGAAGAAACUAAACCAGGAAAACUCAAGGUAGCGUUUGAGGACAUCAUAUCACGAUGUCAACAUCCACCUAGACCUGAUGCUAUAUGUAGAUAUAAUGAAUGUAAUGGAGGGAAGAUAAAUAUCUACCUUUCUGAUCCUGACUACAAGGGUUAUGUGAGGUUGAUAUGUGAUGAAUCAUGUAAAAUAGAAUAUCAUCCCAACUGCUGGAAGAAAUAUAAGAGUAACUAUGGUGAUAGCAAUGCUGACAAGGACUAUCUAGAACGUGUGUGCUUGACACCUGAUUGUGGUGCACCUGUGGUUGGUAUCCAGAUAUAUGGUACUAGCGGACUCAAAACUGAGUUUGUUCCAGAAAAUGUGAAAGCCAAACAAAAACAAGUGAAGCAAAACAAAGUGAAAGCUCAUGGCAAUCAAAAACAACCAAAAGGAGAGAAACAAAGAAAGGAAAAAGAAGAAGUGAAAGCAGACAACAUUAAAAAAGAUAUGGCAGAGCAAGAGAAUAAAGAUCCUGCUCCGAACAAUAUCAAGGAAAAAACAAAACCGGCUGAAGAACCAGAAGAGAAAGAAGUACAUAAAACCCAGUGUGCAGAACCACAACAACUCAUCAAAGACACAAGGGUGGUAGAUACUGGAGUUUACAUCCUGAGAAAAGGAGAAGAAAGAAUGCAAGAUGAUCUGGGAUGUUAUCUGAGAGGUGCCAAGGGGAAAGGCAAGAAGAAGAAAAAGAAUGUUCAAAGUUUGGACGAGUUUCUGAAUGAUGGUCAAGGAGAGGGGGCUAAACAACCUACCGUUGCUACAGUGAAAGAAGAAGACGAAGAAAAACCAGAAAAUUUCAGUUCCACUGUACCAAACUCUCCUUUCGCCAUCCCUCUUCAUCUGCAGUCUGAUGUGCAGGCCUUUGAAAAAGAGUACCGUGCAGCCGUGGACCCAAAAGCUACUACACUCACUGCUCCUAAAGACACUCCACCACCUAAAGAAAAAACUUGUGUAGAUCCUAUUGAAGAUUAUAUGUAUUCGUUGUUUAAGGAGACCCUCAAUGCUCACGGACCACUUGACGUUGGCGAUGCACGCAUGAUCGAACCAAUCAGCUUUCUACCCGAAACACAUCAACAAAAAAUACAAGAGUGUGGCGGAAUUAAACAAUUUCUAAUGAAAUCCGAGCAAUUUGUCGUACAAGGCAAUGUCGUCAUGCUUCCAGACGAACUGCACUUCCAAGAAAUAGUCAAAAAUGUUAACAAAUAUAUUACCCAAAAUAAACCUAGUAUAAGGACACUUAAUAGUUCGGCUAUGGAGCAUGAUUUCCUACAGGACGAUAAUAUUGGCCAGUUUAACGGCAAUGGCACUGUUCAUUCCUCAAAUACCAGUUUAAGGAAGUCCCCAUUGAAUCCUGAAGUUAGGGAGUUUAUCCCAAGUGAGCCGUCGUCUUGCGAGAGUUUGCAAGUAGGUGAUGUGUCACCGAUAAAGGAUUUAUCUAAGGAUAAUGCAAUUUGUUCGGAGAAUGUUGAAGACGAUGAAGAAACUUCCAACUUGUCGCAAGAAGGAACAGUUAAGGGGCGUGGAUCUGACCUUUUAAAACUGCUGUCCAAUAUGGAACAGAGUGGAUCUCCAUGGAAACAGAAGAAGAGUGAUGUAUUGGAAGGUUCUAAAACGCUUAGCGGUAAUGGUAGUGAAAUGUUAUCAAAACUUGAUGUAUUCCGUGACUGCUCUGAUGAAACAUUAGAACUGAAAAAGCCAACUGGUACAAAAACAACCACUCAGGGUAGUAAUGGGGAAAAUUUAACACCACAAGAGGGUGGGGGUCGUGAGAGUUUGUCACCCCCAGAGGGUAGUGAUCAAAAGACAUUGUCAUCCUUAGUGGCUGGUAAUCUGGACAAUUUGUUACCCCUAGUGGGUGGCAGUCGGGAGAAUUUGUCAGCAAUAAAUGGACAGGUACAAGACACUGAGAGCAAAAAUAGAAAUUGGAGUCCAACUUUGUCUACCCCUGUGAAAUACAAACGAGUUGAAAACUCUGGCUCAGAGACUACCAUUGGAUGCAAGUCUAAAGGAGUACAAACACAACUGCAAACGAAAGCCAAGGGUAUUAUGACUGAUUCACAACCAGAGCCCUUCAAGGUGGAAUAUCAGAAGAUGACACAAGAGAAGGAUGAAAUAUCGAGGAAGCUGCAGGAUGCUACAGAAAAGCUGAAUAGCAUCCAAGAGAGACAUACUCAAGAACUGGAGAGAAUGAAGAAAAGAUUCACCGAUAUUCAAACGGAGAGAGAGAAAUUACAAAAAGAAUUACAAUCAUCGAAACAAGAAGGAGAAUCAGAACUGAAGAGACUUGGUGAGACGUGUGAAGAAAAAGUCAAGCUUGCUAACUCCCUUGAAGAACACUUUAGGAUAGAACGGGACCGUUAUCAGGCUACCAUCGCUGGACUACAGAAAGAAUUAACAGAAGCUAAAGAUGAGUUGAGCAAUGAAAAGUGAAACUGUUAGAGCUUCGUCGUGAUGUUGGUCUGCGGUUCUUAGAGCGAGCCAUGCACGAAGCUCACCUUACGAUCAACAAUCUCCUGGAAGCUUUAAAAACAAGUGCCAAUUCUAAACUAGAAGAACUUACUGCCAUAUGGAAAUCAUAUGCUAAUGACUGCCGUCAGAAAAUCAUACAGUGUAAUGUAAGUGAAUAUAUAAGUUAUGACGGGAAAUCCUCUGGGAAAUCUCAUAGUUCUCAAGUGAAAGCAUGGCUGAUUCGCACAACGAGUAUUAGUGUG